UCCAAUUUUUCAAAUUUCACAAAGAGAAGACUUAGCCACGAAACCAACUCAUCUCAAAACAGAAAUGGUGAAAGUUACUUCGCCGGAGUCUCCCAAGCGCCAAUCAAACGGCGGCUUCUUCGUCACCAUAUCGUCGAUUCUGACUCUGCUCACAAGGCAAGCAGGCCGUUUAAGAGCAAAGGCGAAAGCAUCUCCGAUUAAAGACGAGGAGUGGAAAAUCGAUCUUAAGACGCCGAAAUCGCCGAUGACGCGACCGAAGGAACUGCUGAGCAGCAUAAGCAACAAAGCUAUGUUGCAGUUCGGGAUGAAGAAGAAACAGGGAGAAGGAAGGGAUGAAGAAGUAGAUGGUUGGGGAAACGGCGGCGUUUGGCAGAAGGAGAUAUUGAUGGGAGGAAAGUGUGAGCCGUUAGAUUUCUCCGGCGUUAUUUACUACGAUAUUAACGGCAAACAGACGCGCGAAGUUCCGCUCAGGUCUCCACGCGCUAGUCCUUUGCCUGGUUAUCUCACUCGCCGUUGAAUUCAAUUUUCUUUUGUAUCGCAUGCAUCACGAAAUUAUAAAUCUCAUUAAUUUGCAAACUAGGUUUUGUUAGGGAUGUGAAUUUUCAGAUAGGUAGUUAUGCACGUGAUCUGCGAUCCAUCGCACGUGUCCCUUAUUUUUAGAACUUCUUUGUAUUUUUUUGCUAUUAUUUAAUUUUUAGUUAUUAGAUUUGAAAAUUUAGAUUUAAUAGCGUGUUUGUUUGUUGUUGGUUGAUGAAAAACUAAGUAGGUAACUUGUGCGAUUGUGAUGAUCUUUUCUAGUGAAAAUAAUUCACUUCUUGUAUUUUAAUGCGGAAGUUUGAGUGUAAAUGUGUCCUUUAUUGAGCGAUAUCUCAUUUGCUUUUUGUUUUA